CAGUGCUUUUGGCCUUUCUUCAGGUGGACCGACAAUUUGACCAGCUGAAUGAACAAUGCGACAAGAGAACUACGUAACUACGGACUUCUCUCAAGAAUCAGAAAAUAGACGCUUUUUGACACUACGGGUCAUAUACUCAAAAGUAGAUAUUCCUCGUUCGAUGUAUAUAGGUGGAGGACAACACAUUCCCUGCAAUGUCCUUUCUUCGCAGCAGCAGACGAUGUUUUGAUCACGUCCAAACUAGCUAGCGAUUGGGGAGACAAUGCACUCUAAGGCCUGAAUUUGAUAAAAGUGGUCUUGCAAAAAAGCCAGUAUAGAACUACUUUACUUCGAGCAGUGAGCCCCACCCGGAAAGGCAAUUUGGAAGAAGGGUCUGCAUACUCUUCAAAUCCAGCCAUAAACUCACUCAGCCAAAACUUGCGGCCUUUUGUCCCACAGGCGGACAUUUUCUCAGGGCUGUUGACCUUGUCCUAAUCAGCAGACAACAUGCGAGAAAAGAACCAGGUACCCGUGCGAGAUGAGGUAGGGGUUGGGAGCCUGAGAACUUGUUUCAGGCCCCAUUUUCCAUUUUUGCAUCUUUUUGUAUGCAAAAGCUUGCUGUGCGAAACCCCUGGUUGUGAUGGGUCACUGUUGCCCUCGCCGAAGCACUUUUUGUAUCGAACACCGCAGCCUCCUGGUGCCAUGACCAUGACCAAGACGCGUGCCAUGAGGGGCCUUGCCGUCCUUGCUGCUGGGGCUUUGGCUGCUUGCGCAUUCGUCGGGCCACAGGCGCCCUUGGUCUCCCGGGGAGACCUUAGCACCAUGCGUGCCGCUGGCGAGUACACCGGCUUCGUGCCAGACAUGCAGCGCCGACAGCUCAUGAACUUUGUGCUGGUGACCACAGCUGGCAUCCCUGUCCUGGUGGCCUUGGGCUGCUACCUUUGGUACUUCGUGCCUCCUGUGUCAGGUGGUGGCGGAGGAGCACAGCUUGCUGGAGACGUGGAUGGCAAUCCUGUCGCCCUGGAGUCUUGGGUGAAGAGCCACAAGGACAACGACCGUGAGCUGGUGCAGGGACUGAAGGGUGAGCCCUACUACCUCAUCUCCACCCCAGACAACAUCAAGGACUUUGCGCUUCUGUCCGUGUGCACUCACCUUGGCUGCGUGGUGCCUUGGAACAAGGCUGCCAACAAGUUCUGCUGCCCUUGCCACGGAUCCCAGUACGAUGAGAAUGGCAAGGUUGUACGUGGCCCUGCUCCACUUUCCUUGGCCUUGGCUCACACCACUACCCUGAACGGCAACUUGGCAUUGAGCCCUUGGACUGAGCAGGACUUCCGCACCGGCGAGGACCCUUGGUGGAAGUGAGUAGAUAAGACAUGCUUCGCUAGUUGCCACGGGCAACUGGAUUGAUUCAGCAAGAGCCCCGUAAAGCUGUUUUCCAUUUUUCCACGGUGCUAGUCCACUAAUCUGCUUGUGUGUAUGUGUGUGCGUGUGUGCAGUUCACGGUUUAAUCUGCUUCUGUGCUUUGUUCUAUUCUGAGAUCGUGUUCAUUUGGCGCGAAGCGAAGUGCUUUGACGGACCACUGCUGGAUACAAAAAUGUGGUGCAACAA